AUGUCUUUCACUGUUCAUCCUAGGCUUCUCCACCUGACUUCUCUUUCUCCUGAACAACGCAGAGAGCGGGAGAAGCCGGUGGUGAUGGUGUCGCUAGAGGAUGAAGCUUACCCCUUGGUCACCUGCGGACUAUGUCGGGCUCACCACCACGCAAAUCCGCGGGCGCGAUUCUGGCAGUGCUGGCGACGGAGCUGCCAACGCACCUGGCACACCCAGUGCAUUGGUCGGUUGAUGGCAGAGCAGGCCCUCGCCUUCGGAUGUCCCGCUUGUGGCUCGGGGUGGAAAAUCGGCAGUCAUCCCAGUGAUCCCCUCGAAGCCGUCCACCACGGUCCGGCGCAUCGUCACGACUAUUGCUAUCAUCAGGAGACUACUGGCGUGUGGAUUUGCAUGUAUGAAACUGGGGGAGUCGUUUGUAGGCGGCGGUUCUUCAAUGGCGUCCAGGUGACCCGCAUUUCCGUCGUUCUCACGGUGGCCCGUUAG